CUCAGUAUUGAUGUUCCUAAACCCAUCAGUACAUGUAUUCAUUGGUCUUGGGCACUCUUGCCUUUGAUUACCGAUGUAACUUGCUGCUACAGGCCAUAUCUUAUAGACAUAACUAUUUGAUGCUAGUGAAUAGUUCAUAACAGCAUAUCUGACAUAUCUGUCAGGUACCCUAUUAGAUAUCUGUUGGGGGUAUAUCUGACCCCUUUGUUACGUUAGCUGUCAAUUCUCCACAUUUGCUCCUCAGCCUCUCGAACAAAGAAAUCGGCCUUGAAGAGGAGCAUUCAUCUAGACACCUUUGUCUGAAUUGGGUCUUUCGAUUAUCUCAUUAUUUUCCUUUGACAAUAAUAACGUCGAAGAAAGAUUUCCGUGUUGGUUAUAAUGUUCGAUCUAUAUCUAUGAGUUCUAGCAACGUCUUAAGUGCAUUCGACUCCUUACAGCAUUCUAAAUAUGGCUAGUGUUCUCUACGAAGACGGUCAGCCCGAUCACAAACCUAUUGCCGAAGCAAAUACCAAUCAUUCGAAAAUCCCUCACAAGCAGAAGUACAUUGAGCUCUAUGGGGUAGAAGAUGUUGAAGAAGUAGAGGAUUACAGAGAGAAUGGUUUUCAUCCAGUCGACAUAUUAGACAUUCUAGACGGCAGGUUUGAGGUUUGUCACAAGCUCGGAAGCGGCGGGAUAGCAACAGUAUGGUUAUGUUAUGAAGCCGGUCGCCAAAGGUGGAGGGCUAUCAAGAUAAAUGCUGCAUCGCACUCAUCAAUGGACAGCGCGGAGCUUAGAAUCGGCAAACUAUUGGAGAAACAGGGGUUCACACCUCAAGAGCUUGAGAAACAUCAUAUUGUUAUUGCGGAGGAGACCUUCUGGAUCGAGGGACCUAAUGGCAGGCAUUUGUGCUCGGUCCUGCCAGUUUUCGGCCCUAGUCUCCCACAAUGGAGAGAGCUGGCCGUUGGAUGGGGCGCUUCGAAGAUUCAGGAAAUCUGUUACGAGAUCGUGCAAGGCCUUCACUUCCUUCAUGAACACGAAAUCUGCCACGGAGAUUUUCGACCACAGAAUAUACUAAUGCGACUGGCAGAUGGUGGGCUUGAUCAUCUUGAUCCCGAUGACCUGUUUGCGAUAAUCAGCCUCCCUUCUCGACACAAGGUACUGACCCUGGAUGGAGAGCGCAGCCUAAAUGCUCCGAAAUGGGUAACAGAGCCGUUGAAUUGGUAUGAGCUCAAGGACUUGGUGUUGGAUGGUGUAUCCAUCGUGGAUUUUGGAGAGGCCUUUGAAACCACUUCCCCUCCAAGUUUCUUAGGCAUUCCUGGUACCUAUGCUAGCCCAGAAGUUGCAUAUGGCGGAGAAUCUCUAGGAAAGGGCAUUGACAUAUGGUCACUCGCCCUGACACUGAUGGAGACCAGGACAGGAAGAAAGCUUGGUGAUAUACCUAAUAGUCCACUGGACCGCAUGGAAAACUUUGCCGGGCCGAUACCACCUCCUUAUCGAUCUGCCGCCGCCGAGGAAAUUUAUCGGAACCAACUUGAUGAAUUUCGUAGAUAUGGCCCAGAAGAGAUGAAAAAGCCGCAGCCCCCAAGUGAGAAGAUUCUGGAAAGCACGAGCUCGCUUACUGAUAUGAUGUGGGAGACAUCCGGCGGGGGAAGUGUAUCUACGUCCUUAUCUCCUGACGGAAUUGAAAAGGAACUACGUAAUGAACUCUGGGAAUGUGUUCUUGUACCCCAGGAGACAGAUACAGGAGAAGAAAUUACCGCAGAGAUGAGACCAUAUCAACUCUCCGAGCAUGAAGUUGCUGCACUCAAGGAUUUAUUAACGGGGAUGCUAAAGUACAGGCCCAGCGAUAGGAGAAGCACGUCCGACGUACUCAGGCAUUCUUGGUUCAAAAAAGAUUUUGAUAACGAAGAAUCAGAUGCUAAAGAGCCAGCUGAGCAGUUGGUGGGUUUUACCAGUAACAGCGCGCCACUUACAAUUAGCGAGGGAGCUGACACGACCAAGCUCAAGACAGACGAGCAAGAUAAUAGGACCGCUAGAGGGAACUGGUCUCGAUAUCUAUUUCCCGUAUCGCAAAACAAAAAGCUUUUUGUUUUGAGCUUUUGCCUCCCUAUUAUGUUUUCUUUUCUCCUUCUAUGGUAUAUGGGGCUAAGCUCAGACCGGGUGACGAUUCGGAAUCUCGAGGUAUUCAGUAUUGAACUUGGCCCAACUCAACCUGGGACACACGCAGGCAAGUAAU